ACCCCGACAGAAGCACACAAUGCAGUUUGACUGCUACUGGUUAUCCACCCAGGCUUCAUGUAUGCCUCAGCUUUCGAAAUAAAAUGAAGAAAUCCAUUUUUGACGAUCGGGACGAAGAACAAGCUUUCAUAAGUCGAUUUUCACGUUAUGCUUGAGAAAAACGCUGCUCCAGCUGCGGACGCCGGCGAAAUCUCCAGCUUAAGCGCACACAGUGGAUCACACAGCGGGCCGCGGAAGGAGGAGCCCAGCCUGCGCUGACGGGGCUUCGCUCAACAUCCUUAUCGGUGCAACUCCAGCCCGAGGCUUUGGGGCCUGCUGUAUAUUAUUAUCGUUUUAAAUGGAGGCUUGGACGAAAGCAGAAGCCAGAGGAAAAUGGCCCUCUAUACAGCGCGAGUGACGAAAGUGACAAUGUCUUGACAGAAAGACAGUAAGUGGAUUAUCUGGAAUCUUUCAUAACCGCUGUGUUGUUGGAUAAAACAGGCCCGGUGAUGCCCAGACAUGACUAUACUCAGACUGCAGUGUGUUCACACCAUACAGCCUCUGCUGGACUUCAUUAAAUUAUAAGACAGGAACCCAAAGGCACAUUUCCAUCUGAGGUCCACUGCACAGAUUCUGGUGGCGUUGUUUUUCAUUCUUUAACAGCUGUAAAAUCUCUCAGGCCGCACCGGGGUGUGUUUUAAUUAAGUGCCUUCGUACGGACGUUGACAUGGACGGUCCCAGUCGGAGCGGAGGCUUCAGGCAGAGCCGUCGCUCCCGAUCGCAGCGUGACCGCGAGCGGCGGCGGAGGAGAGCGGACCUCACUGAGCACAGGGCCUCGUCGCCAUCCUCGGCCUCGGACCAAGAACUUUGCCGAGGAGACUCUCUGCUCCGCGCCGGCGGAGGAGAAUGUAGACCCGGCUUCCCCGGGACCAGACACCGGCCUCCGCGGCGGAGGAAGAGAGAAUCGGUGUCUUGCGAGGAGGACAUCAUUGAUGGAUUCGCCAUAGCCAGCUUCAUAAGCCUGGAGGCCUUGGAGAUGGACUGUUCCCUCAAGCCUCCAGAGCGAUCUGGCAUAAUGGGAAGAGGAAGUAAAAGGAAGAGGGGCCUAGAUGAAAAUGGAGGGCCCCUGUCAGAGCCGGAGGAAGGACCUCCUGCUACGUACACCAACAGCUGGGAUCAGCGCAGGAAGAUCAAAUCUAAACUGAAGAGAAAGGGAGAUGCUAAGAUAUCUGGGAAUCACAUGGAGACAGGAUAUAUUUGUGAUACAGAGAGUGAAUCAGGGGAUAAGGCUUCUGACAAUAUGGAGCCAGCAUUCAUUGUCUUCACCAGUGAAGCAGUUAACGCCAACUCAGCAAGUGCUGCUGCAGGCAAUGGUUGCCCUCUCUUGCCCUCAAACAGCUCAGUACCCCUCCUGUCUGUCACACCCCGGGUCUCUGGCCUGGAGAGAAGUCAGGAGAGGAGUAUGGAGCAGCCUUACCCCGAGCCCAUCUCUACCUCAUCCUCUCUUCCUAGCCUUGCAGCCCAUUCCACAGCCUCUGUCUCCAAUUUACUUCCUGAGCAGCGCAAUGGAAAUGGUGGACCCCAUCACCGCCAUAAUGCUAGUUCACCACAGCACAAACACAAGAAUUUCCUCCCUUUCCACUUAAAGUCACAAUCGAUGUACCCAAUGGGCAACAACCACAGGAGCAGUACCUCAGGCAAGCCUCCAGCUUCAUCAUCCUCUUCUUCUUCGAUCAGACCACCUACCCCUGCUACAAGUGUGUCUCUAGGUCGGGGCCCAGGGGGUGUUGGAACAGUAAGACCUUCUUCUCGACCUAGUCCUGGUGCUGUUUUCACACCGUCUCCCAGCCUUCCUCCACCACCUCCUCUCAUGCAAGUGUCACCCCACCCUUCAACAGAUCAGGAUCUGAUCCUGACAGAAUCAAAUGGUGCCUCUGCAUCUGGAGGGCCGUCUGUGUCGAACUCAAACUCUGGGACAUCCAGCAGAUCCUCGCAGGCCCAGACAUCCAUCCCUACUAUGGCCUACCAGUUCCAUCACCACAAUCACCAGCACCAGCACACUCAUACUCACCAACACUUCCUACAUCCUACAGCUGCACCACCACCACUGUUUGAAAAGUAUCCAGGCAAGAUAGACGGUCUGUUUCGACACCCAUUUUUUCCUCAGUACCCACCAUCUGUGCCUGGAAUACAGCCCGUUCUUCCGUCCACGGGACCUUUCAGUUCAUUGCAUGGAGCUUUUCAGCCUAAGCUUGUUGCCCUUCAGGGAGCUGCUCCUGAGAUGACUUCAGGUUUGGGAGUUGUACCGCCCCAUCUGCAACCUAAAGCUAGGCUGACAGAUUCAUUUGCACCACCACCAAAAGUCAGUAAUAAACCUGGAAAAUGGUGUGCUAUGCAUGUCCGUGUGGCUUGGAUGAUUCUAAGGCAUCAAGAAAAAGUCAAGCUUAUGCACGCUGAUCCACAAAAGCUGGACUUGCGUAAUGAACUAUUGCCACGACUACCUGGCCCUGGUAUUGGUGGACUAGGAGGUCUAGGACCACUUGGUGGUCCCCUUGGCCCAGCUCAUGAUCUUACAAGACCAGGAGGCCUGUUUGCAGCCACUGGUGGAGUCAAUCCGUCCUCCACACCAUUCAUGCCUCCAUCAACGCCCCACUCUUCUUUCCUCACCCCAGCAGCACAUCUGGACCCAUAUGUUCAUUCACCCCACUUCUCCUCUCUGGGAGCCCUGGGUUCUGGUGCCUUUGGAGGCCUAGGCAGCCCCACGAUAGCUGCCAGUGUUUUUGGGCAUAAGACUGAACCCUCUGCAAGUGCAGUUGGAGGACUGGGCAACCCUCACGAUCCGUGGAAUCGUCUGCAUGUUCCUCCUGCCUCUUUUCCUUCUGGAUCAUCUUGGGCCAAAGGCCCUGAGAAAAGAGAUGAUAGAGGAAAGGAAGUGGAGAGAAGAGAACUGACUCAUAUAAAGGAUGAAAAGGACAGAGACAGUGUCUUGUAUGGACGCCAGCCUGUGCGAAUGUCACCUGGUGUCCCAUCCCUCAAGCACCGCAGCAGCACCCCCAGUUCACAUAUGAAUGGCUUAGGAUCACUCAGUGGAAGUGGGGUUCAGUCUGAUGGCCAAAGCAGAGAGCGAGAACGGGAAAGAGAGUCCGACAAGAGACACCAUUCUGCAUCCAGGCCUCCAGUGUCUGCUUCCUCCACAGCUCCGGACAGGCCUCGGUCUUCAACAUCAUCUAUCCUCACAACCUCACCUUCUAAUGUUCCUUUAGCCACCUCUCCUCUGGAUCUGUUUCACCGACAGCCAUCACACACACUCAGCACAGAAUCCAGCCACUCUUCUCAAAGAGAGAACAACGGUCCAGCCUCUUCUAGUUCACUUCCAGUUAAGAAACCUGAUCGGACCACAACUCCGUUAUCCAAACCUGCACUUGGACUUGCCUCUGGGUUGCUCGUAGCCCAAGUCAAGGUCAAAGAAGAACGUAAAGAGGAGCCUGAGCCAGUGCCCAUCUCUUACACACAUAACUUUGAAAGGCCCAGUAGUCGGCAUCCACACCACCCAUCCACCCCUUCUUCAACCCUUUCUUUGACACCUACACCUGGCGUGCCUCUUCCUCCUCCAACUCCACACCCUCCCCACCAUCCUCUGUCUCUUUUAGAUCGUUCACGGGCUAUGGACUAUGGCACAGCUGGACUGGUAUUAGGUGCUGCAACAGAUCGCUUUGCGCCGCAUCCACACGGUCCUCCACAAGGUCAUUCCCAACCUACUCCCAGCUUUCCCUGGGACCCUUGGAGGGAUCUGGCCAUCCAUCAACAACAGCAACAACGCAGAGACAUAUUGACUCUGAGGUCAGAUCCCCACCUUGCACUUCGCUCUGAUCCACACUUUAGACUACAGCGCUACUUUGAGGCGGAAAGAGCUGUAGUAGCAGCAGCUGUGGCGAACAGCCCCCACCAUCCACCAGUACCUACCUCUACAUCCGCUGCUUCUGCUUCAGUGGGCAGGCCAGAGUUUGGGUUGAUGCCCCACCCAUUCGAAGAAGAACGUGCUCAGAUGUUGCGGGAGGAGAGAGUACGGUAUUUCGGGAUGCACCCACACUUGGCCGCGCCACAUCUUCCUAGCCCAUCUCAUGCUGCCCACCUAGAACAGCUUCAUGCUGGGCUACUAUCUCACUCUCAUCUCCAUCCUGCUGGAGCCGCCGCACAAGCAUCCCAUCACCCUGAUCUCUACUCUAGACUUGGGCAUCUGCAUUCACACCCACAUGUACCUAAUGGCAUUCUAACCAAGACCCCAAAUCUAGUUGGGGCAUUGUCAAUUGGUGCUCCACCCCGUCUCAUUCCAUCUGUGAACAGAUCUGCUACCCCACCCCGUGGACCCAGACUUGGGGCAGGAGACUUGACCCUUUUUGCCACACAUAAAGACAGCGAGUCCAGAUAGUACUAGGUAAAGCUUGAGGAGCUUCCAGAACUGUGGAAGAAAUAGCUCCUCACAUGGCAAGGUUCUGCAGGAUACUCCAAAAGAGCUAAGCUUCAAUGACCAUACACAAGUGUUGAAACAAUCUGGGGAGCAAACAUACUUCCCAGGGCUGUUUGAUAUAUUUAUCCACUGUGGUUAUGUUGGUGCAAUUAAGGUACUCUCUUGCUGUGCCCUGGUUUUUAUGUAGGGGUUUUCUUUACAAGAGGCCUGUGGAUGUUCUAAGACUAUUAAUUACUGCUAAUAAUAUGAAGACAGAUUGUGUUGAGUGAUGGAUCAAAAAUUGUGAACCUGUUUGUCUUGGUGAACUCGAGAGAAAUCCUACUGUAGAGUUAUGGUCCUCAGCUUUGCUUUUGAAGAGGGAGAAAUUGGACUCUGUCUGAAGUAGUCAAAUACUUCAUUGUCUGAUUUAGCACUGUUGGGAAAUGUAUGAAUUAAAAGAAACACACGGUCCACAAUCUGUUUUAAAUAAUUAAGUCAUCCACUAGGCAACUUCCGUGAACAUCAGAAUGAACUUCUUAAGAUUUAUUUUAUUCUUUAAAAAAGUUAUUAUGAACUGUACAUCUUGUUGGAUAAUAUUUUAAAAUUUAAAGGGAAAGAACUGUCUCCCAUUCAUUAGUCUGACUCUACCGAAGAGCUGGGCUAGAAUAUAGUAGAAUAGUGAUAUUGCUUUUGUAAUAAUUAUUGUUAACAUUAAUUACCUUCCAUAAUAAAUAUAUUCACUGUUUAUGUUAUAAUGUCAUGUUUCAGUUCUCACCAAAUGCACUCAAUUGUUGAAAUGAGUCAGUGAUGAUUAUUGUCCAGCCAAGCACUACCAUUGCUGAAAUAUACUGAUUAUGUACUGAGUAUGUGUCAAAGGCAGCCUCUACAGUUCAGAGAAUUGAACAUCUUCAUACUUUGGGAGAGAGAGGGUGUGUGUGUUUGUUCUUUCUGUUUUCCACAGUUGAGGGUGUUGCCAACAACCAUCAUUCAAACUCAGUGGCACUAAGCAUGUCAACUGGACCCAAGGAGUGCACGUCCCUUACUUGCAGCUAAACAGUAGGAUUAGAAAGACUCUUGUCUAAAGAUAUGGGACAUUCUGGAUUAAUUAUUUGAGUAAAACAGUUUUAUACAUUUUAAAUAUGUUCCCUCUCCCCCUUGAAAAGAAAACCACAGAGAUUAAUUAUUAAACAAAUGGUUGGUUAUUUA